UAGCACGCCUUUCGUAGGCUAUCACCACUUGCGAACAUACGAAGACGCGCAGAAGCUCUGCAGUCUGCUCUGAUCGUGUGUCGCAUGGAGCUUUCGGUUGCUCCUCGUCGCUACCUCGUACGCUCUCCGUCUGCAUCGUCAUCCUCUCAUCUUCAACAACCCAAAGCCACAAGGAUCAAUCUAUCAAAACCAGCUUUUAUUUCCUUCCCAACCCAAAUUUUCUCAAUUUUCUACAAAUCCCCUUGCCACCCCAUCAAAAACAGACCCUUUACUCCUCUUUCAAUGGACCCACCCAGAAUAAUUACUCAGGCUUCUGAAAAUGAAAAUGGAUCCCCCCUAACUUCUUCUCAAAUGGGUAGAGUUGGGGAAGUGAAGAGGGUGACGAAAGAGACUAAUGUAUUUAUUAAAGUGAACUUGGACGGUAAUGGUGUAGCUGAGAAUGCCACUGGAAUUCCCUUUCUUGAUCAUAUGUUGGAUCAACUUGCUUCACAUGGGCUAUUUGACGUGCAUGUAAAGGCUACUGGAGAUUAUCAUAUUGAUGAUCAUCAUACCAAUGAAGAUGUCGCCCUUGCACUUGGAACAGCUUUGCUGCAAGCACUGGGUGAUAGAAAAGGAAUCAACCGGUUUGGUGACUUCUCUGCUCCACUGGAUGAAGCACUUAUACAUGUUGCACUGGACUUAUCUGGGAGGCCGCAUCUGAGUUUUGAUCUACAGAUACCUACUGAGAGAGUUGGAACUUAUGACACUCAGCUGGUGGAGCACUUCUUUCAAUCAUUGGUCAAUACCUCUGGAAUGACAUUACAUAUUCGGCAGCUUGCUGGAAAAAAUUCUCAUCAUAUCAUCGAGGCAACAUUCAAGGCUUUCGCAAGAGCUCUUAGGCAAGCAACAGAAUGUGAUUCACGUCGUCAUGGAAGUGUGCCAAGCUCGAAAGGAGUUCUAUCACGGACUUGAACUUACAGUAAGGCAAAUGGUGGAUCAUGGUCCUUGCUUCCUGGAAUAUUGCUAAGAUGGAGGGUUAUCUCAUAUUUUUCAGUUUCCUUCUCCAAGCAUUGAUUGGCAAUGAAGGCACAGAUGAUGAUCUUUUGGACCUGGAGAUUGGUUGGAGACUUGGUUGUGAACUAAGCUAUUUUUUUUUCCGUAAAUUAAUCAAUGUUGUAUCACGUGUUACAAUACAAGGGACUAAAACAAGGUUUCUGAAACAAUCCUGUUUGGAGGCCCCCUUUACUUGAAAAGCCCUCCAAAAUGUAAGGUUUUGUAUCAUCCUGGAAUUCUUUAGAACUUUGGGAUGUAGCAAAGAUCAUAUUUUGGUUUUUUGUAUUGUCACCAGGUUAUAUGCUUUUCAUGACACUCUUGUUCCGUCCUUGCUUGUUAGUUUUAUCAUGCGAACUACUUUAUUUUGAA